AUGGCGGACGCCGGCAGUGGGUUACGAAAGUUUACCACGGAUUUGUCACUAUACGAAAAAGGAAGACCAGAAUACACUCAAGAAUCUGUUCGAUUUCUCCUUAAUCGUGUCGGUGUACUGCCCUGGGACAGGAAGGAGCCCAUAAAACUUUUAGAGAUUGCCUCUGGAACUGGAAAAUUUACGCGAGCUAUGGUUAAGGAGUUAGAGGCAGAGAGAGCUAACGUGGAAGUCAUUGCCAGUGACUCUCAGGAGGUGAUGUGUGACACGUUCCGAAAACUUGUCCCUGGAAUCGAGGUGCAUCACUUCCCGGCAGAGAAAAUCGGUGAGGCACAAUCCACGCCAUCAUGAUGUUUGACUCCCUCUUGACCUUCUAACAAAUUAUGUCGAAAAGAACCCAUUGCAGCGAGUUAUCCAUUUCUCGGUUUACUACAUAAGAGAAGCCCUCCCUUGUUUUUUACUUAGAAUUUGACUUAUCUCUUUAUUCCUAAGAGCGGUCGUAAAUAUACCCAUACAGGCUCUUAUAAUUUCGCAAGAACUGGAGCUUGGGCCACCUGUGCACGCACACACUUUGAUCUCUAACAUGCGAAACACUAAAUUUUGUAUGUGGAGAGCAGCGAGUCAAAUCAAUCACGUUAUCCCUAUUCCUUGGGAGGACUUUGAAUUUUCUCUUUUUGUCACACUCGAGAUGAUACCAAAAACACCUUUCGUAAUUUUUUUUUUUUACAGAGUUUGUUUGACGCGAGAAAAGGUCUUCAAAUUUGUAACCCAUCCUCAGAAGGAUGUUCUGCCAGUGUUAAUUUUGUUCCUUCCUGGUCUUUGGUUGUAUAUCAUAUUAUCUUCCACUUGCAGUUUGGAACAUACACAUACCAGCUUGUUUUAUCAUACAAGAUAAUUGAUCGGCUUUUAACUGUCACAUGCUACUGCCCCCCAUAGCCACACCUCUACCAGGUUAGAUAGUGUGAUCUUGCAAAAUGUACCCCAUAAGAAAAACUGGCAAUUUCUUAAUGCUUGAACUUUGGAAAAUAUAGUAAGUUUUGAGAGUUAGAGGCCAUAAUAUUUGUAAAUAUAAUUUAAUUUAAUGGUGAUAACUAUUUCAAUUUUUUCUGCAUUAACCUCAUCUUAUUAGAAAGAGGAUGUUGAGGAUAAAUGUUUUGAUAAAUGUCACAGUUUAAACCAGUCAAAAGCAUGGUGAAAACAGUGGCAAAAGUUGCACCCUCUUGCAUUCUCCUUUUCAGUGCUACUUUUCUUGUCUGAAUCACUCCUUUGUCUUGUGUUAAACUUUCAGCUCUGCCAGAUGAAAGCAUUCCAGUUAUAAUUUGUGCACAAUCAUUUCACUGGUUUGCCAGUGAAAAGUCUGUUGCUGAGAUUUGUCGUGUUCUUAAACCUGGAGGCAAGUAUGGCAUGAUUUGGAACCAUAGAGAUUUUUCUGUUCCAUGGGUGAGAGCUAUGCAAGAUAUAGUCAAUCCAUUUGUGAGACAAAAAGAUAUGCCACCUGAUCCUAGAGAACUAAAAUGGAUGGAAAGUUUAAAUGGCUCUGGCAAAGUUACCUCAGUAGAAAGGGACAUUAGCUGUAGAACAUACCUGGAAGGAGACAUUGAUAAGAUAGUGUCUGUGAUCAUGUGUAUCAGUGCAAUCAGCCAGAGCAGCAAAGAAAAGAGAACAAUAGUUGAAUCUAAGAUUAGAGAUAUUCUGAUCAACCACCCUGAUCUAAAAGGGACACAAAUUUAUAAGCUACCUUAUAUCACAGAUAUCUGCUGGUGUACUAAAAAAUGAUAAAUCUCCAUGAUUUUAGUUAGGGUUUGCAAAAUAUUGACUUAAGGAACAAUAGACCAGCAACUUCAGGCAUAUAAAGAAAUUUGAAAGCUGAAGUGCUUUGGUGGAAUAAAGUGCAAUAUUAAGUAAAUGACUUUUCAGUACUCAACUUGAAUGUAUAAGAGCUAUUAAGAAGCCCCUGUUUUGUCAUUUAUUUACAAGGAAGGCUAACAGCCUUUGGAUUAUUCAGAUUAUAUGAUGUUGAUUAUCUUGGUCUCAAAUUCUCAUAUAGUAAUUUAGUUCAAAGCAAAUGUAUUGAAAGGUAAUCAGUUAACGACAACAACUAGGAUAUGUUAGAAAGUGGAU